AUGGAAUCUGAUGAGGAUUAUAAAUCCUUCAGAUUUCAAUUCAAAUAUAAAGAGAGUAAGAAAAUGCAGGAUAAAGAAGUUUAUUUUUCAAAGUCUGAAGACGGGUGGUCACAAUUAAUAAAAUUGAACGAGUUUAAGAUUUACUAUGAACUCCCUCAGCUUCAGUUUAAUUGUUCGGAGGCUGUUAAACCAGAGUGCAGGUUGCAAAGUCUUCCCUUUGGCAAAUGCCUAGUUGAAGACAAGUGCCUUGGAGAGAAGGACAGUAAUAGCUUGUUUGGGGAAUACUUUCCAGGAAACUGCUACCAACAGCCUGCAAGUUGUAAUGGAAUGACUAGCAAUGAGAUUACUCAAACCUUUGCAACAACGAUUGCUGCUCGUAAAAUUCCCUAUCAAAGUCGUGGACGAGUGCUAACUAUAAGUAUAGCAACUCAAAAUAGUGAAGUGCAUUCCAAUAGUAGCGGAGUGCAACAGGAUAUUAAUUUAAGCCGGACUAUAAAAUAUAAAGAACAAACACCGGGCUCUUGUAAUUUUGGCCCAGAAUCAGCUGAUUCUUUCUCCCAAGCAGUAGAUGCUGAUAAAUUAGUAUUUAAGGAAGAAUAUUAUCGAAGAAGCCAAAUUAUAGACAAUACGAUUAUGAAAUCUUAUGAAAAGAUCGAAGAUCAAGACUCUGCUGAAGAGAACAAUACAAUCCGGCAAAAAGAUAGGCAUAUAUUAGGAAAGUUUCGCAACGAAGUUAACAACAUGACUGAAAGUUUUAAUACAUUGACUGUACCACAAUUAGCAGACGUUGAGAAAAUUUUCUUCGGUUUCAAACGAGGUAUCGCGAUCAUAAGUGUUGCAUUAGCUAAGCAAUCCUGUGAAUCUCCAGUGAUUCUCAGGACCUACCUUGCCAAACUCUAUGAAGGAACAUUGCCAGAAUUUUUGGGAAAAUUUUUACUACUUGGUCUAAUGCAAUGCUCGAAAUUUACCGUGGGUGACUUUCCGGCCCUAAGUAAAUAUUGUGCCUCUUCGAGAGCAAUAAAGUAUGGCUUUAGCUAUAAUUGUAAAGUAGCCUACGAUUACCUUGAUCGAAAGAGAUCAAAUGAAUUAAGGACAACAGUUGUACAAUUGGAGGUCUUUAAAAAUUGCACAACUUCGCAAGGCUGUGAAAGCCAUAGAAGAGAUGCUGUUGUGAGAGAAUGUGAGAAACUUUGCCCAGGUUGCCUCGAGAUGGAUUGGUAUGAUUCGCGUGAAUUGUUGAAGCGAACUAUCAUAGGGGAAGGGCCUAUGAUGGAAUAUAGGCAGUUAGCAUCAAAGUCGGAUAUUUCCAAACUUUUCAAAGGCGGAGGGGUUUAUCAUGUAUCUAGAGGUGAUGUGGUAAUAAGUAGAAAGGGCGAAAUACGCGUAAAAGAAGAAAAACUCGUUGUUACAACGUUGUAA